UAAGCUGCACUUAGUAUGGAAUUCAAAAUAUAUAUAUAUAUAACUUAUAAGAACAUCAAACUUUAUAUGUUUCUCCUGACAGAAAUGGCUAAAUUACCAAUUUCUACCUCCAUUCUAUUUCUUCUUAUUUUACUAUCUAUCCAUUCAGGUGAAAUCUCACUUUUGGUGGAAGCACAGAAAACAUGGUGUGUAGCAAAGCCAACAACAACUGAUAUUGAGCUUCAGAAUAACCUAGAUUAUGCCUGCAGCCAUGCCGAUUGCCGAUCUUUACGAAAUGGAAAUGCAUGCUACAGCUCGAAUAGCAGAUUGCACCAGGCAUCCUAUGCCAUGAAUCAGUAUUAUCAAUCCCAUGGCAGGAUUGAUUCAAGCUGUGAUUUCUCUAACACCGGUCUUAUCGCGGUUUCUGAUCCGAGUUAUGGUAAUUGCAUCUUUGACUAUGGAGGAAACGAACCAUUAGCAGCCGAAUCGAAUGGUUGGUGUGUGGCUAAGCCAAUGGCACCCCCAGAAUUGCUAUUGGCAAACAUAAAUUACGUUUGUGGGGAAAUAGAGUGCAGCAUAAUACAAGCAAAUGGUGACUGUUAUAGUCCAGAUAAUAUCCUUAGCCACGCCUCAAUUGCUAUGAACAUGUAUUAUGUGAUUCAUAAUAAAACCAAUUUGAGUUGCUAUUUCAAUAACUCUGGCAUCGUUGUAUUAAAUGAUCCAAGUUAUGGAAUUUGCGAUUAUUAUUAAAUGAAAAAAUUGGAGAUUUUCUUUAUAAAUUCAGACUGAAGAAUCUUAUAGCCACUCAUAAAUCAUGUAUUUGCAUAGCCAAAUGAGAUACUUUGAUGAGAUUAAUUAUAUGAGUAAAGAGUCAUCUGAUUUUUUAACUUGUAA